UUUUUAUUUGUUAUAUAGCACUAUGCCAGUAUAUACAGGCCUCUAAAACCCGAGAUGGUGCCGGCUGUUUCAUUGCAAGUGCAGUAGAAGGUGAAAAUUUUGAACAGACUCCAUUAAGACGCACGUUUAAGUCUAAAGUUCUUGCUCGUUAUCCUGAGAAUGUAGAAUGGAAUCCCUUUGAUCAGGAUGCAGUGGGAAUGCUAUGUAUGCCUAAAGGGCUUGCUUUCAAGACUCAAGCCGAUUCCAGAGACCCUCAGUUCCAUUCGUUUAUAAUCACCCGUGAAGAUGGCUCACGAACAUUUGGGUUUUCUCUCACAUUUUAUGAGGAGGUUACCAGCAAGCAAAUCUGUAGUGCAAUGCAGACAUUAUAUCAUAUGCACAAUGCUGAAUAUGACAUUCUGCAUAUUCCACCCACAAAUGACAAAGAGACCUGUAGCAGCAUAGAAGACUGUAAUGGAACUUCUGUAUCAAAGCUACAGCGUUUUAACUCGUAUGAUAUUAGCAGAGACACACUGUAUGUCUCUAAGUGCAUUUGUCUGAUUACCCCAAUGUCUUUCAUGAAGGCUUGUAAGAAAGUACUAGAGCAACUUCACCAAGCUGUAACUUCUCCUCAGCCACCACCGUUACCUUUGGAAAGUUACAUCUACAAUAUUCUCUAUGAGGUUCCUCUUCCUCCAGCAGGGAGAUCCUUAAAAUUUUCUGGUGUUUAUGGACCAAUUAUCUGCCAGAGACCAAGCACCAGUGAACUGCCAUUAUUUGACUUUCCAGUUAAAGAAGUUUUUGAAUUACUUGGAGUGGAAAAUGUGGUUCAGCUCUUUACUUGUGCUCUUCUGGAAUUUCAGAUACUGCUUUAUUCACAGCAUUACCAGAGAUUGAUGACUGUGGCAGAGACCAUCACAGCACUAAUGUUUCCAUUCCAAUGGCAGCACGUAUAUGUUCCCAUCCUGCCAGCCUCUCUCCUUCAUUUCCUAGAUGCCCCUGUCCCUUAUUUGAUGGGCUUGCACUCCAAUGGACUGGAUGACAGGUCUAAGCUGGAAUUGCCUCAAGAGGCUAACCUGUGCUUUGUGGAUGUAGACAACCAUUUCAUUGAGCUUCCAGAGGAUUUGCCCCAAUUCCCGAAUAAACUUGAAUUCAUUCAGGAAAUCUCUGAGAUCCUAAUGGCAUUUGGAAUUCCACCUGAGGGAAACCUGCACUGUAGUGAAAGCGCCUCAAAGAUGAAAAACCUCCGAGCAUGUGACAUAGUUUCUGAUAAAAGAAAUGGGAACAUAGCAGGAUCACCUUUAAAUUCAUAUGAACUGCUAAAGGAAAAUGAGACCAUAGCAAGGCUUCAAGCACUUGUUAAAAGAACAGGUGUGAGCCUAGAAAAGCUGGAAGUGCGAGAGGAGACCAGUAGCAACAAGGAUCUCAAAGUUCAAUGUGAUGAAGAAGAGUUCCGGGUUUACCAGCUGAACAUUCAAAUCCGAGAAGUUUUUGCCAACCGUUUUACGCAGAUGUUCGCAGACUAUGAAGUAUUUGUCAUUCAGCCGAGCCAGGACAAGGAGUCUUGGUUUACCAACAGGGAGCAGAUGCAGAACUUUGAUAAAGCAUCUUUCUUGUCAGACCAGCCUGAACCUUACUUGCCUUUUCUCUCAAGAUUUCUGGAAACACAGAUGUUUGCGUCUUUUAUUGACAAUAAGAUUAUGUGCCAUGACGAAGAUGACAAAGACCCAGUUUUGAGAGUGUUCGAUUCUAGAGUAGAUAAAAUUAGACUGUUAAAUGUUAGGACACCAACUCUGCGCACAUCUAUGUAUCAAAAGUGCACUACCAUUGAUGAGGCAGAGAAAGCUAUUGAAUUAAGGCUUGUAAAAAUAGAUCACACUGCGGUCCACCCACACUUAUUAGAUAUGAAGAUUGGACAAGGGAAGUAUGAACUUGGGUUUUUCCCCAAGCUUCAGUCUGACGUACUCUCCAUAGGACCAGCAAGCAACAAAUGGACAAAGAGAAAUGCACCUGCGCAGUGGAGGCGGAAAGACAGACAAAAACAACACACAGAGCACCUGCGUCUUGACAAUGAUCAGAGAGAGCAUCUGGAUUUUUCCUUGCCAGAGCUUCAUUUGCAAUCAUAUUUAGACUGGGACCAGCAUGAUUGGCCUUUCAGACCCUCUAUAAAAUCUGUGUCAGAACUUUACCUGAAGUAUAUCCAAGAAGCCAGGAAUCUGGGCAGCACCAUUCGUCAGCCUAAGCUGUCUAACCUCUCUCCAUCGGUAAUUGCACAAACAAAUUGGAAAUUUGUUGAAGGCUUACUGAAGGAAUGCCGAAAUAAGACCAAGAGGAUGCUGGUUGAAAAAAUGGGCCGAGAAGCUGUGGAACUAGGUCAUGGUGAGGUGAACAUCACAGGUGUAGAAGAGAAUACUUUAAUAGCCAGUCUUUGUGAUCUCUUAGAAAGGAUAUGGAGUCAUGGUCUACAGGUCAAACAGGAUAGAAGCUGUACUACUUUCAUCCUAGAAGACAGAGCAUCAGUAUACUCUGCUUCAACUCAGAUUUGGGCCUUUCAGACAACCAGGCGGCCAACCCCACAUAAGGGAAAAUCUGCUUUGUGGUCUCACUUGUUACAUUACCAAGAAAAUAGGCAGAGAAAACCCACGUCAGGUAGCUUCAGUACCUCAGGAGUACUUCUCGAUUCAGAAAGGAGGAAGUCAGAUGCCAGCCCAGCCAUGUCGCCGCUGAGAAUCUCUCUCAUUCAGGAUAUGAGGCAUAUCCAGAAUAUUGGUGAGAUCAAAACAGACGUUGGCAAGGCAAGGGCCUGGGUUCGACUGUCCAUGGAAAAGAAGUUACUCUCCAGGCAUCUAAAGCAGCUUCUUUCAGAUCUUGAACUUACAAAAAAACUGUACAAGCGUUAUGCCUUUCUCCGCUGUGAUGAUGAGAAAGAACAGUUCCUCUAUCAUCUCCUGUCAUUUAAUGCUGUCGAUUACUUUUGCUUUACCAAUGUUUUCACAACAAUCUUGAUCCCAUACCAUAUAUUGAUUGUUCCUAGCAAGAAACUUGGUGGCUCAAUGUUCACUGCCAACCCUUGGAUUUGUAUCUCAGGAGAGUUGAGUGAAACAGGAGUCCUACAGAUUCCCAGGAAUAUAUUAGAGAUGACAUUUGAGUGCCAGAACCUGGGAAAGCUUACCACAGUACAAAUAGGACAUGAUAAUUCAGGCCUGUAUGCCAAGUGGCUAGUGGAAUAUGUUAUGGUCAGAAACGAAAUAACAGGGCAUACUUACAAGUUUCCAUGUGGGAGGUGGCUUGGAAAGGGGAUGGAUGACGGCAGUUUAGAGAGGAUCCUGGUGGGAGAGUUACUAACGUCACAUACCGAGGCAGAUGAAAGGCAGUGCAGAACCCCACCACUGCAGCAGUCACCAAGUAUGAUCAGAAGAUUUGUCACGAUAUCGCCAAAUAACAAACCAAAGUUAAACACAGGUCAAAUACAGGAAGCUAUUGGUGAAGCAGUGAAUGGCAUUGUCAAGCAUUUCCACAAACCGGAAAAGGAGAGAGGCAGUCUCACUCUGUUGCUGUGUGGAGAAAGUGGACUCGUUUCAGCUCUUGAGCAGGUGUUUCAGCAUGGAUUUAAAUCACCCAGGCUCUUCAAAAACGUCUUUAUUUGGGACUUUCUAGAAAAAGCACAAACACAUUAUGAGACCCUUGAUCAGAAUGAAAUAAUCCCAGAGGAGAACUGGCAGACUAGAGCCAGGAGUUUUUGUCGCUUUGUCACUGCGAUCAACAACACUCCUAGAAACAUUGGGAAGGAUGGCAAGUUUCAGAUGCUGGUGUGCCUUGGAGCCAGAGACCACCUCUUACACCAUUGGAUCGCCUUGCUUGCAGACUGUCCAAUCACAGCACAGAUGUAUGAGGAUAUAGCAUUGAUUAAGGAUCAUACCCUUGUUAAUUCCUUGAUUCGAGUGUUGCAGACCUUACAGGAGUUCAACAUUACACUGGAGGCUUCCCUCGUCAAAGGAAUAGACAUAUGAUCUGUCUCACCGCAACAAGGAAUAAAUGUUAUUAGUAUGCAAAAGUUCUUUCUGCUAAUACGUCAUAUUGCGAACUUGUUCGUGGCCACAAAACACAACUUUGACUUUUCUUGAAGAAAACUCAAAAAAUAGUGCAGAAAAAUGGACAGAAGCUGUAAACUCAAUGUUAAAAGGAGGAAAAAAAAAGGAGGAUUUUUGGUAUAAAUCUAUUUUAGAGUUUAUUUGCUGAUUUGCUUUUUACACACUUUCAUGUGAGAGAGAGAGAGAAGACUAUUUGUGCAGCUUAUUUUAAAGCUGCAGUAUUUCCUUGCCAUAGAUAAUGUGCAGUGAGCCUUUCAGCAUUCUCUGAAUUUGCCUUCAGAUAUGCUGUAUGUUGUAAGCCCUAAUGUAUACGCUCCAUUUCUGCUAAGAAGGUCAUUCUAGAGUUUUUAAACUAAUAUUUUAUAUAUUAACAUUAUUACCAAUGUUUUAUUUUUUUCUUUAAACUAAACUAGGUCUCUGCUGUGCUGCAAGGGAAACGACAAAUUCUGGUGUGAGCUUUUUUAAUAGCCUCAGAGCACUGAUUUGUCAGCAAAUCACUUUUUUCUUUAUUUUUGUUGUCAGUAUUACAUUUAGUGGGCUCCAGGAGACAGAACCAUGCAAAUGGACAGAGAUGAAAGUAAUAUUUUUCAUAUUGGUACAUAAUUGCACAGAAGAAACUGUAAGUGUGUUGUAUUUUUAACUGAUGUUUAUUUAUUUAACCUAUCGUGUUUUUGUAAGAUUUUGUUUUUUAAAAAACCUUUUACAGUAUAACUGGCUAUAUUAUGUUUGCAAUUCAAAAUUUACAGUUCAGUCCCCUUAAAUGAAGAGCCUGGAUAAGAGUGUAUCUGCUGGCAAAAAUGUUUCAGUGUGCACCUGCCUUUCAAAUUAGAAUUUAUCUUGGUGUGGAACGCCCUUAAACUGUUAACAGCUAAAGAAAUAACUCCCUAACCCCUGUGCUUUGAUUUAUAUUCUAAUGCAAAGAGGACAGUAGCUAAGUAGAGGUCAGUGCCACAGUGAAGCAAUGAUCCUACUCAUAAACCUAAUUCCAAGUUUCCAUUUCAAAACUUUCUGUGGUGAUCUCACGUGACGAGCAUAGACUCCACGUAGGAUUUACUGUUGAAAUACCAAGCUCUCUCAUGUGCUAACUUUGCAAGCUGCUGGAUUCUGGGAUGCUUGUGUAUCUUAAGUAAAAAGGCUUUAGCCCAUGCUCAUAAAUUAAAACAUUCAGACUGCUUGGAUUUUGUUGAAAUACAGAGCCUGGGAUUUGGUGAGUGCAUAGAGGCAACUCUGUUCAUUUUAAUUCUCCGAUAAAAUCCCUUUGAAAUGCAGACCUGAUUUGAGAGACAAACCUGGUCAGAAUAAUGAAUUGCUGUUCAGUACUUCUGGGCUCUGUAAUUAAGUGGUCUCCACUGUAUAAACUUCCCAGCAAUGUCUCCCUUACUAUAAGGAACAGAAGGUUGUUCUUGGUUGUCAAUCCGUAGAAUAUUGUGACACCUUUUACUUUAUUCUCUUCAUUUUAGUGACAUCUUGUGAUAGCUUUAUUUCCAUAAUUUAAAGGUAUAGCACAUGUAUUAAAUUUUUGACUAUUUUUACUUCUGUCCUAUUUAUUUCAUUAUUAAAUGGAGAAGUUUCUUUGUCACUCUUAUAUUUUCUUUUAUCCGAACGAGGUCCUGCCUUCAAUGCCUAUUGACAUUGGAAAAAUGAGUAGGCAGUGUCCAGACCACAUGCACAAUCUCUUCACGCUGGAUAGAUGAAUGUACUUCCACAGUUUGGAGUUCACAUCAUUGUUCAUGAAGUGAUUUUUCCCUGUUAAUUUUGGAAGGAAAAGGAAUAGAAGUGAUUAGCAGUGAUAUGUGCUUAAAGAAUAAUUUAUUCAACCUGAACAAUGUAACAGAGAGAAGCCUUCUACACUCACCACUAAACCCCACAUUUAAUCAAAUAUCUUACUAUUUUUCAUUCAACAGUCCAGAUUGCAGUAGGCUUGUAUAUUUGACAAUGGGUACGUCUACAUUGGGAAAAGAGAUUGGGGUUAAUUAACAUGUUUUAGCUGACCCUGACCUGACCUCAAACUCUUCUCUUGUAUAGAUGCAGGGUAAUGCUGUUUACCUUGACUUAGUUGGCCAAGAUAGACCCCUAGGCAGAAAAAGUAUUAGGUCAGUGUUAGCUAAAAUGUGUUAGCUAACCUCAACUUCUUUUCCUGGCAUAGAAUUAGACAUUUGUUUUUUACUUCAUUGUUCAUGGUAAAUGGUUUGUGAUGCCCACUUGCAGGUUGCAAGACACAAGUGAAGGGUCUCUGACCCCUGAAUGACAAUUGCUUUGGAUAACACGUCAGGAGGAUAAAGUUGUUUUUCUUUAGAUCAUGUUACUUCCCCAUGAGCUAGUCACUGUUCAGACAUGGAGGGAGAUGGCAGAGCAUAAUCUAAAUCCUGUUUUUUCAGCUACAGAACUAUGUCAUGAUGAGCCAUUCCUGUCACCUUUCACAAACAAGGAGCUCCAUCUGGGUCCCACUGAAAUCCAAGGCAGUUUUGCCAUGGACUUCAGUGGAAUAAAUCCUUACAGGCCUGGAAGGGCCAUAAGAGGCUUCAAGUGCAGCUGAACCAGUGUGGUUUUGUUGGGCACAGAGGGAAUGGUAGAGGACUGUGUUAUGCAUCUUAGCUCUGUGGCAGUCUUUGUAAGCAGGCCAACACAUGAGGGAUUAAGGAGUAGGUUUUGGUUAGAGGCUACAAAGGCAGUUCCCUUGAUUAAAGCCUACUGGUAAGGGCCACAGUACUGCAAUCCUAAGGCUGCAGUAGCAACCAUGCUCAUCACAACUCUUUUUGUAGUUUGUCUUGUAGUUCCUGUUUCACACAGUCUGCUUGCUUGAACUAUAUAGAUCAGGAGUCUGCACAAAGGAAACAGGAAUGGGCCCAAAGUUAACUGCUUCCAUAGCAGUCACUUCUGACUGACAGAGUCAAAUGCAACAGCUCCAUGCAACUUCCUUCUAUGAGUUACCUCUGCUAACAUUGUAGGGAAAGAAUCAUGGUAACUGAAUCAGAGUAUUCCAUAUGACAUUAGAAUGUGCAACCUAAUGUGCCACUAGACUGAAAGGGCAGAAUUAUUUUACAAAAUUCUAAGAUGCUGUUCCAGAAUGAUAGAAGUACUGAUUUACUACAGCUACUGGGACAAGAAUGCUGAUUGCCAACCUGAGCACUGAUUGGGUAAUGCUGUUGCUAUAGGCUUUGAAAAAUUUAUGGCCCAAAAAAGUGCCAGUUAUAGUACACUGAAGUUAAAAGUGCUGUUUUCAUGUUAGCAACUUCUUUGAGAUAUGAGAGAAAAAAUGGUCAAAAAUAUCACCUCUUAAAUUUCCUUUAUGUAUUAAUCCCAGCAUAUUCAAUACUAUGAGACUGGUACAUACUCACAGCAAAUAGCCAAGGCUGUUUUUGUUGUUUCACAUUUAAUGUAAUACUUUGGAGGUAAUGGUUAGUUUUAGAUUUUUGAGUUUAAAAUUAAUAUAUACAAGGAUUUUCAUCUUUUUAUCAUGUUCUGUAGCUGAAAGAAUAUCGUUCAAGAACUGAAAAACGUUCUUCUACCAUUUCCAUUGUGAAGAGUAUUUUUAAAUUUUAAGAGUUGUUUGGGACCUAAUAGUUAAAAGCUUCAUAUAUUUUGGUGUGGUGUUGAAUUUAUGCCUAUAUAAAGACUUUGCUUUUGCAGUGAAGCUCUCUGCAAGAGUUAUGUGUCAUUCUGUAUAAUGACAAAAGAUUUUUGUCACGAUAGUGCAAGAUACUGUAGGAGACUUGAAAAUACUUGAAGUUAUUGUACAUUUACUUCUCAUCUUUGUAGUUCUUUUCCUUUUAUAUCUAGAGACUGGCUGUUACUCCAUUAAGAUGCAGCAUCAAUUACAGUAAAUUAUAUAUUUUAAUACAUGGAGAAUUUACUGGCAUUUUUUUAAGAGUGGGCAUUGAAGUUUACAUUAUGAUGACUGAGAGCAGGAAACCCAGGUAGUACUGUACUCCUUUUUUGUAACCCUUGGGACAGUCAAGCAUUACUGUAACUUGGAAGUAUGAAACAGUUUUGCGGAUGUAGCUUAUUUGCUGAAUUGCAAUAAAACUACCUUCUAACAUGAGGAACAACAUUAA